GUGGAUACAUGUUGUAGGUUGAUUGCCUCUAGUGUGUGGGGAGUGGAUGUGGAAGUGGGACAACAUCGAACUAGUGUGAAUGAUGGGCCGAAGGACCUGUUUCCAUGCUGUGUCUCUAGACAGUGCAAACCUCUCUGUUCAGGGAACGGUCGCAGCCACUACCUCAAAUAACAGUGUGACAUUGCACCUGGUGUUCACAGUUCUGUGAAGUUAAUGUUUGCUGACAACUACGGAUAGAAGUUAACCCGCAGCCCUCCCCCUUGGCCGCCGUCCCAGGCUCCGCGCUGCCCGAGUCAGCACUCACUGUGUGUGUGGAGGAGCCGAGCCGACUGCCUCUCACCGGCGCAGUCACUCCUCACACCGCCCGCCCGCUCUGCUCGCUGCUCUAUGCUGCUGCACCCGCUGAGCUUCUCCAGCAUUUUUGUGUACCUUCGAUUUUCCAGCAUCUGCAGUUCCUGCUUGAACAAGGAAAGUAACGCACCCGUUCCAGAGUCAAAGUCCAAUGUCUACAAUGGGAUAGAGAAUGUAUUGCAAGAUAUCCUCUGGAAGAUUUCACCUGAAGAAGAUCCUAUGGCUGUUUGUCACUCUUCCACUGAUCUGCCUCUUAAAACUCUAUUCCAACCGCGUAGACCAAGGCUCACGGAAGACCUGGCUAGUGGAGCCCCUCUGGAGUACCUCCUCACUUGUGUGGAACAGAAAGAGUGUGAAGUACCUGGAGUCCAAGACUGAAAUCAAUUGCACCGAUAUCUACAACUACAGCCCAGUGGAGGUGGGCAAAACCUUGGAGAUACGCAAGGGUAACAUUGUUGAUUUGGAAGAUGAAGACGUUGAGUUGAUGACCUCAAACUGUACCCAGUACCUUUACCAGAGAGGAUAUCACAACAAUGUGGCCUCGCACGAGGAGCAAGAGUAUCCACUGGCCUUUUCUCUGGUUGUUCAUAGGGAAGCCAUUAUGGUGGAGAGGUUACUAAGAAUGAUCUACCUGCCUCAAAAUAUAUACUGCAUCCAUUACGACCAGAAAUCCUCAAAGUCUUUCAAAGCUGCCUUGGACAAUUUAGCCAGGUGUAUGCCGAAUGUAUUCAUUGCAACAAAGAUAGAAUUGGUGCGUUAUACUCAAAUCUCCAGACUGCGCGCAGAUCUCAAUUGCUUGUCCGAUCUACUCAAAUCCUCGGUCCGGUGGAAGUAUAUUAUCAACUUGUGUGGCCAGGAUUUACCCCUGCGGUCCAACUUCGAGCUGGUUUCCGAAUUGAUGAAGCUGAACGGAGCCAACAUGUUGGAGUCGGUCAAGCCCAGUGCUGGGAAGGCCCAGCGAUUCAUGUUUCGCCACACGUCUCAAACUAGUCCGUCUGGGAACCAAGACACGCUCAUCAAAACGGACGUGAAGAAAGAUCCUGCCCCCCAUGGCAUUGAGAUGUUCACCGGCAGUGCCUACUUUGUGUUGAAUCGUGACUUUGCCCAGUAUAUCAAUAACAGCACGGUAGCCAAGGAUUUCCUAGCGUGGUCCGCAGAUACAUACUCGCCGGAUGAGCACUUUUGGGCAAGUAUGGUGAGAGUGCCCGGGGUACCUGGUGGGCUGCCCAGCUCUGCGGCCGAGGUGACUGACAUGCAAAGUAAGACCAGGCUGGUGAAGUGGGAGUACAUGGAGGGGAGCGCGUACCCACCUUGCACGGGCACCCACGUCCGCAGUGUCUGUGUGUACGGUUCCGCAGAGCUCAGGUGGCUCCUGGACAAAGGCCACUGGUUCGCCAACAAGUUCGACCCUAAAGUCGACCCAGUGUUAAUCAAGUGCCUGGAGCUAAAGAUCAUGGAGCGACAGAGGAAUUGGCUGAGAUUGAAUUCUCGGAUGGUCCAUGUUUUCAGUCCCGGAGAGGACUUCUGGGUCUGACGGGAGUGGGACCAUCACAUUUUGAGUUGGAAAUGUCGAUCGAGCUAUGAAAGCUGAUCUGAAAAUCCAACGAGAUUCUUCCCUGCCGUGCAGGGUGAGUUUUAGCCAAGUAGAAAGCAGGGAAUAGAGUGAGUAAGAUGAGAGAGCAAAUGCUUGACUGGUAUCCAUCAGAGCUGAGGCAUAGUCAGGAGAAAAUGCUUGCUUGGUGUCUGGAAAACUUGAGGCAUAGUGUCAGAUUAUGCUUACUUAUAUCAAAGAGUUUGACUCCACUAUCGUUCCACAGGUGAGGCAACCAUGCCACGACUCGCAGCCUGUGUUCAGUAGAGUGAUGUGCAUAGCCACUGGAAGCAAUAAGGUUAGCCUCUGUGUUUUCUUAUGUUCAGCAGAAGCUUUAAAUAUCUAGAAAGUGGCGAGACUGUGGCAUUUGCAGCGGAGGGGAGUGGUUGGAGUGAAUAAUAAAGAUGCACAUAGGCGGAGGCUGGAUAAGGCUAUGUCUUGGAGGCAAAGAGUCGUACAGUGUGGAUAUAAUCCCGGGAGCCCAGCCUGCCCAUGCCCACCAUCUAUACCCCAUCUAUACCUCAUCGUUCUUUUGUGUGGGGAAGAACUGCAGAUGCUAGUUUAAUCCGAAGAUAGACACAAAAUGCUGGAGUAAGUCAACGGGUCGGGCAGCAUCUCUGGAGAGAAGGAAUGGGUGACAUUUCGGGUCGAGGCCCUUCUUCAUACCCUUCUGAAGAAACGUCUCGACCCGAAACGCCACUCAUCUUUCUUUUGUUUUGUUUUGACCAUUUAAUAUGCUGCUUACAAAAAUAGUUCCAUAACAUCACACGCUGAAUCAAAGUUUGCCAUUUUGAGUCAUAGAGUCACACAGUGAUAGAUUGAAAAUAGGCCCUUCCCCCCCCCAACACCGACAAACAUGUCCCAUCUACCCGAGUCCCACCUGCGUUUGGUCCAUAGCCCUCUAAACCUUUGCCAUCCAUGGACCUCUCCAAAUGGGAGAAGGGAGAGGAGAAUCAGAAAACCUUUGCGAUUCUCCGCCUCAGGGGGCUGUGGAGGGUUACUCACUAGAAUUACGUGGAUGGAUUUAGAUGGGAAAAGUCAGGGGGGGACUGAAUGUGCAGCUAGAGUUUAGUUUGUUGACAGGUGCACCGAGAUACAGUGAGAAGCUUUUGAUUUGUUUUUGUUGUGGGGAGAAGGCAGGAGAAUGGGGUUAGGAGGGAGAGAUAGAUCAGCCAUGAUUGAAUGGCAGCAUAGACUUGAUGGGCCAAACGGCCUUAUUCUACUCCUAUUCCUUAUGAUCUUAUGACCUAACCAGUCGGCAAAAAGACUAUACAAGAUUACAUUGGAGCCAUCCACAGUGCGCAGAUACACUGGGCAGUCACGGUGGUGCAGCGGUAGAGGCGCUGCUUUACAGCGAAUGCAGCGUCAGAGACCCGGGAUCGAUUCCGAUUAUGGGUGCUGUCUGUACGGAGUUUGUACGCUCUCCCCGUGAACUGCGUGGGUUUUCUCUAAGAUAUUUGGUUUCCUCCCACAUUCCAAAGAUGUAAAGGUUUGUAGAUUAAUUGGCUUGGGAAAUGUAAAAAUAGUCGCUAGUGGGUGUAGGAUAGUGUUAAUGUGCGGGGAUCGCUGGUCGGCGCGGACCCGGUGGGCUGAAGGGCCUGUUUCCGCGCUGUAUCUCUAAACUAAACUAAACUAAACUAAACUAAACGUGAUAAACGCAAUAACGUGAAUAACAUUUAGUGCAAGAUAAAGUCCAGUAAAGUCCGAUCAAAGAUAGUCCGAGGGACUGCAAUGAGGUAGAUGGAAGCUCAGGACUGAUCCCUAAUAGGAAGAUAGAAGCCAAAAAAGGACUGGUUGUUUACUGUGCAGUAUAUCCUAUGUAAAAAAAAUGAUUCCCUGCUUCAGUCUUAUCAUACAUCUUCAUCUCAUGUUAAUAGGCCAGGACUUCCCCUCUUCACUGGACAAAUGGAAAUGGCAUGUGCUUACCAUUUGUCUUGUUGGUAAAUUCACUCUCUAUCCGAAACAGUGAAGGGCUGGGGAGAGUCAGGGCCAGGCACCAUGGAUUGGCUGACCUGGGUGGAUCACGACAGCCCCAACGGACAAGGCUACAGUAAACGUUGACAGCCGGCAAAGCCACAGUUCCUGCCUUAGAUAGACACAAAAUGCUGGGGUAACUCAGCGGGUCAGGCAGCAUCGUUGGAGAAAAGGAAUAGGUGACGAUUCGGGUCAGAACCCUUCUUCACAUAUUCACAUGUUAUAGGAUGAGAAUUAGGCCAAUCGGCCCAUCGAAUCUACUCUGCCAUUCAAUCAUGGCGGAUCUCUGCCUCCUAAACCAAUUUUCCUGCCUUCUCCCCAUAACCCUUGACACUCAUUCUAAUCAAUAAUUUGUCUUAUCUCUGUCUUAAAAAUACCACUGGCAGCCUCCACAGCCCUCUGUGGCAAUGAGUUCCACAGAUUAACACGCUCUGACUAAAGAAGUUCCUCCUCACCUUGCUAAAAGAGAGCCCUUUAAUUCUGAGGCUAUGACCUCUGGUCAUGACUUGAGAAUUAAGGGACAGAAGUUUAGGGGUAACAUGAGCGGGAACUUCUUUACUCAGAGAGUGGUAGCUGUGUGGAAUGAGCUUCCAGUGGAAGUGGUGGAGGCAGGUUUGAUUUUAUCAUUUAAAAGUAAAUUGGAUAGGUAUAUGGACGGGAAAAGAAUGGAGGGUUAUGGUCUGCGUGCAGGUAGAUGGACUAAGGGAAAAUAAGUGUUGGCACGGACUAGAAGGGCCGAGAUGGCCUGUUUCCGUGCUGUAAUGGUUAUAUGGUCUUAGACUCUCCCAUCAGUGGAGACCUGAUGAGUUUUAAGAAGGGUUCCUUUUCUCCAGAGAUGCUGCCUGACCCACUGAGUUAGCCCAGCAUUUUGUGUAUAUCUUUGGUAUAGACCAGCAUCUACAAUUCCUUCCUACACAUCCCUGAGUUUGAGUUUAGUUUAUUGUCACAUGUACCGAGGUACAGUGGAAAUAUUUUGUUGUGUGCUAACUAUUCAGCGGAAAGACAAUUCAUGAUUGCAAUUGAGCCAUUCACAGCAUGAUAAAGGGAAUAAUGUGAAUAACGUUUAGCGCAAGAUAAAGUCCAGUAAAGUCCAAUCAAAGAUAGUCCGAGGGUCUCUAAUAACGUAGAUAGUAGCUCAGGACCUCUCGAGUUGUUGGUAGGAUGGUUCAGUCUCUUGAUAACAGCUGGGAAGAAUCUAUCCCUGAAUCUGAGGUGUGCGUUUCACACUUCUAUACCUUUUGCCUGAUGGGAGAGGGGAGAUGAGGGAGUGUCCAGGGUGUGACCCGUCCUUGAUUAUGCUGCUGGCUGGCCUUGCCGAGGUAGUCUUAGGUGUAAAUGGAGUCAAUGGAAGUCAAAAGGAUAAGGGAAAGAGAUUUGGAGUAGAUAUGAGGAGUCCUUCUUCACCCAAGGAGAGAUAAGUACCUGGAAUACGCCAGUUGAGGGUGUGAUUGAAACUGGUUUGUUGACAACAUUUAAGAAACGACCAGAUGACCACUGGAAUCGUUUAGGCAUGGAGAGAUAUGGAACUAGUACUGGGUGGUGGGGCUAAUAGAUGAGGGUGCCCCCUGGUCAACAUUGUUUAGUUUUGUUUAGAGAAUCAGUGCAGAAAUAGGCCCUUCGGCCCAUUGAGUCCGUGCUGACCAGCAAUCCCCGCACACUAAAACCAUUCUACGCAAACUGGGGACAAAUUACAAUUUUGCCGAAGCCAAUUAGCCUACAAACCUGUAAGUCUUUGGAGUGUAGGAGGAAAUUGGAGCACCCAGAAAAAAACCCAUGCAGGUCAAGGGGAGAACGUACAUGCUCUGAAUAGACAGUGCCCGUAAUCAGGAUCAAACCCGGGUCUCUGAUGAUGUAAGACAUCAACUCUACCGCUGCGCCACACUGUAUUUAAUGAUUUAAUGAUUCUAUGAAAUCUACAGCACUGUAGUUGACCAAGUCAAGAGUGUUUAAUUGUCAUAUGUAUGUACUGAAAAUGGAACAAUGACAUUUGUGUUUUCAGCAGCAUAAGGUCUGUACACACAGUACUCAUAGAUACAUAAUAAACACAAAAAAAUUCAAUACAUUAAAAAUCCCAAUGAGCCUGUAAUGUUACUGUAAUAAUAUUGCAGUAAUCAGUGCUAAAAGGCCCCACAGUUGCAAGCAGUGGAGGACAUCAACAACAUCACCAGGCCUAGCCAGUGCCGUCGCCAGGACAACGGGCCUGUAAGGUCAACAUAAGUCUCUAUUUCAAGAACUUGAAACUAGUUGGUCCCAAGUGGCAUCAAAAUGUAGUGAAUCAUCGUGUACCGCCUUGGUGAGGUCGACUGUUCACUGCAAUCAUUGCACUUAUAUAUAAUUGAGCUUAAGUAGAGUAUCAUUCUACUGGAUUGUGUGAAAAUGAAGCAUUUCACUGUGUCUCGGUACAAUAAAGUAACAAUAAAGUUCAUUGAAAAGAA